GUGGUUUCUCACACAACCACACUAGACUGUGGCUUUCUGGGAGACUCAGGGUUAAUCUUGUCAGUUGAAAUGCUGGACACUGAUUAUGUACUCUGAUCAUUAAAGCAGUUUUUAAUUGCAUCCUUAUGCAAUUAAAAUGCAGGAAGGGCUAAGGUGAAAGUAUAUGAUUAAUAUUAAAGUAGAUAUAUAUAUCCCAGAACAAAGAUUGAACUCAGUCGGUCAUACCUGUUGAAGUGGCAUGGAGAAUAAAAAUUUGCCUUGAGAAACUGAGAGAAGACUGUGAACAUAAAGAGUGGGAACUUUUCAGUCUUGGGAGAUUUUAAUAUUUGCGUCACUUGCCUAUGUGAAAUGUGGCCUAUUGGAGCACAGCAGUGGCUCUAGCCAGCAGCAGCCGUGCUGGGGACAGAUGCAGUGGGUCCCCUUCCAAAGGCUGUUUCUUCUCCCAGUUCAUCCACGCUUGUUGCCGGAGAAGGAAAUAUUGGAUUGCUCUGGAUAUGGAAAUGGAUCUUGCCCAGAAAAUCAAAGAUCAUUGGGUGUCCGAGCAGCUAUGUAUUCAUUUAUGGCAGGAGCCAUAUUCAUCACGGUGUUUGGCAACCUUGCCAUGAUCAUUUCCAUUUCCUACUUCAAGCAGCUUCACACACCAACCAACUUCCUCAUCCUCUCCAUGGCAGUCACUGAUUUCCUCCUGGGGCUCACCAUCAUGCCUUACAGUAUGGUCAGAUCAGUGGAGACUUGCUGGUAUUUUGGGCUUACAUUUUGCAAGAUUCAUUAUAGUUUUGACCUAAUGCUUAGCAUAACGUCCAUUUUCCAUCUUUGCUCAGUGGCCAUUGAUAGAUUUUAUGCUAUCUGUUACCCUUUACGUUAUUCCACAAAAAUAACGAUUCCCCUCAUUAAGCGGUUGCUACUUCUCUGUUGGUCUGUCCCUGGAGCAUUUGCUUUCGGGGUGGUCUUCUCUGAGGCCUAUGCUGAUGGGAUAAAAGGCUAUGACAUCUUGGUGGCUUGUUCCAGUUCCUGUCCAGUGAUGUUCAAUAAGCUAUGGGGGACCACCUUGUUUAUGGCGGGUUUCUUCACUCCAGGGUCUGUGAUGGUGGGGAUUUAUGGCAAGAUUUUUGCAGUGUCGAGAAAACAUGCUCGUGCAAUCAAUAAUUUGCCAGAAAAUCAAAAUAACCAAAUGAGGAAAGACAAAAAAGCUGCCAAAACUUUAGGAAUAGUGAUGGGUGUUUUCUUAUUAUGUUGGUUUCCCUGCUUCUUCACAAUUUUAUUGGAUCCCUUUUUGGACUUCUCUACUCCUGUGGUUUUGUUUGAUGCUUUGACAUGGUUUGGCUAUUUUAACUCCACGUGUAAUCCCUUAAUAUAUGGUUUCUUCUAUCCUUGGUUUCGCAGAGCACUGAAGUAUAUUUUACUAGGGAAAAUUUGCAGCUCACAUUUCCAUAAUACUAAUUUGUUUACUCAAAAAGAAACUGAAUAGAUUUCUUCUGUAGGAGUGAAUUGAAGCAAAAGGACUGGAACUUAGAAGAAUAAAGUCACUUAAAAUGUGUGUGUGGGGUGGGGAGCAUGGCUAUGUGCACAAAUGUGUGCGCACUUUUGGCUAUCAUGGCAAGCUUUUCAUUUCUAAGACUUGAGGGGGAAAAAAAAGGAAUCUUUUUCAGAAUACUGGAUAUAUCCACUAAUUCUAGGUAGGUAGGAGGAAGAAGAAGAAGAAGAGGAAGGGAAAGAGAGAAAGAAAGAAAGAAAGAAAGAAAGAAAGAAAGAAAGAAACAUAGGAGAAGAAGAAAAUUCAGGAAUGGUGUGAGGAGAACACAUAGGACUUUUACCCCAUUUAGAAGGGAUCAGGGCACAAACAGACCUUGAGGGUGCUGCUCCCUCUUACCACCACCAAUAUUUUGUGUGGUAUUUCCAUUCACUGUUUUGAAACAUCAACAACUAAUAAUUUAAUAAAUAAAUAUAGCAAUAAUUUCAAAAAUACAUAUUCUUUUUUUUUCAUUUAC